AUGAUGGAUUCAAACGAGAAAGAGAAAAAGAUUGUCAGUGCAGAGGAGUAUCAACAAGCUCGAAUGGAUCUCCUCCAACAAGAAAAAGAAGCCACACAGUUACUGCAAAGACUAGCUACCUCGCGUCGGGAACUCCCCAUGGUCGAAGUCUCCAACCCGGACCAAUUCAAAUUCGACACACCAGACGGGGAAAAUAGUCUUUUAGAUCUUUUCGACAGCCGCAAGCAACUGAUAAUCUACCAUUUCAUGCUCGGCCCCGGUGAACAUCGCGGGUGCGUGGGAUGUUCCUUUUGCAUGGAUCAUAUUCCCAACCUCGGACACCUCUGGAGCCGGGACACCUCGUUUGUGGCCGUUGCCACUGCGCCAUUAUCCGAGAUCACUACGUACAAAGAGCAGAUGGGAUGGAAGUUUCCAUUUUACAGCUCUGCCAAAACUCAUCGGGUGUGGCAGAAAGCCGAAGAAAGGGGUGAGAUCAUUACUUGGAAGCCUGGAAAUGGGUAUUUUGGUCUAAGCGUUUUCAAAAAACAAGAUGAUCACCCUGUCAUGCUCUCCUUCCUUCGAAACUUCAAGCGCAUACAGAAAUCACAAGGAGCCUAUCUUUCCAUAACCUGCCGAGGCAGAUCAAUCGGCCGGGAAGAACUCUUUGCCUAUACCAAUGGCCGUUUCCUUGUUGACGAAAAGAACCAACUUGACCGACGAUAUGUGAAAUUCAACCUAGACGCGCUUUGCAGUACUGCUGCAACUGUUGGCGGCCAGUCAUCUCCAAUCACGGCCAUUGAGAAGAUGGAAGGCGGCUUUAGCAAAGUCCUUCUGAUGCAAAAGGAGAAUGGGAUGGAAGUCAUCGCCAAAAUUCCGUGUCGCAUUGCUGGGCCUGCAGUCUUGACCACAGAAUGCGAGGUGGGUGUGUUAGAAUUCUUAAGGAAACACACGAGUAUCCCCGUUCCCCGGGUACUGUCCUGGUCCUCGGACAGCUCCAACGCCGUGGGGGUUGAAUACAUCAUUAUGGAGAAAGCCCCAGGGGUCCAGCUUUUUGAGGUUUGGGGAAAGAUGCCAAAAACAGAAAGACCACAAUUCAUUAGAAGCCUAGCAAAGCUGGAGGCCCAGCUGUCGGCUAUUCGAUUUCCUGCAUCUGGGGGGCUUUAUCUGCAGAAAAAGACAGGCUUUUCGAAGUGCACACCUCUCGACAAGGAUAUUGAUCUGACGAGUUCUUUCUGUAUCGGUCCCUCUUGUGAUCGUGCAUACCAAACAGAAGAAAUUGAAACCCCUGUUAUCCCAAGUGUACAUGAUACCGGGCCUUGGAAUACCAUCUCAGCCUUAGGGAUAUCCAUUGCAAGAAGAGAGCUAUCUAAAAUUUCCAACGGACAUCUUACGAGCCAUGCACAUUUCUACCGUGGAAGUGUUGAAGAACAUACCCAGCUCCUAGAAACUACGAUACGUCUCAUGACUCAUUUGGAUGCCAAUACCAUUCUUUCGCGGUCUUCUCAACCAACACUUUGGCACACAGAUUUACAUAUGGGAAACAUUUACGUCUCGCCCGAAGAACCCUCACGGAUAGUAUCUUUCAUUGAUCUGCAAGGCGUACUGGUCUUACCAGCCUUCCUCCAAGCACGGUGGCCAGUGUUCCUAAAGCCGUGGGAGGAGAGUAAAUACGUGAGAGGUCCUGUACAAGUGAAGCUGCCAGACGACUUCGACCAAUUAGACGAGGAAGAAAAAAAGGCUGCAUUGAACGAGUGGGAGCAAGACAUGCUAGCCAAAACCUACGAGAUCGCCACGUAUCUCGAGAAUAGACCGGCGUAUACCGCCAUGAAUGUGCCGCGAGUUUUUCGAGAGCUGUUCAUCCGUUGCGGUGAGACAUCGGAGACGGGCAUUCUUCCACUUCGUGAAUGUCUCAUAGAGAUAUCCCAGAGCUGGUCCAACUUGGGGUUCACUGGAGAUUGUCCAUUCUCCUUCACCGAGGAAGAGAUCGAGACUCAUGGGCGUCAAUUCGCUGAUUAUGAAGAUUGGCACCAAGUCCAGGCCUUUGCUCAGGAAUGUCUAGAUACCGAUGCGGAAGGCUGGAUAUCACCGCAGUUGGAUUUCGAGAACCAACGAAACUUGAACAAGCAAUUGCAGGACAUGUACAUUAAACAAAUGGCGGGCGAGAAGACUCUCGAGGAAGUGCAAGCAAUUUGGCCUUUCCCAUUAUGA